AUGCUUGCUUCCUAUGAGUCUCGUACUAACUAUGCUUUCACUACAGCUCUUUGUGGCAGGGUCGAUAAUUGUUGGCAAAGUGCAUUUGAAAAGGCAAAGAAGGUUGUGGAGAAAAUGUCCAUCCCAGAAAAGGUUAAUCUUACCACAGGUACAGGCUGGGGAUCUGGUCCCUGCGUGGGUAACACCGGUUCAGUGCCAAGGUUGGGGAUUCCAAACUUGUGCUUGCAAGAUGGCCCCAAUGGUGUCAGAUUCACGGAUUUUGUGACCCAUUUCCCAUCAGGAUUAGCAGCAGCUUGCACAUUCAACAAAGGAUUGACCUACCUACGGGGCAAAGCCAUUGGACGUGAGCAUAAAAAGAAAGGUGUACAUAUAGCUUUAGGUCCAGUGAUUGGUCCCAUUGGAUUGAAAGCACAAGGUGGACGAAAUUGGGAGAGUUUUGGUGCAGACCCUUAUUUGCAAGGAGUAUUGGGUGCAGCAACUGUUGAAGGUAUGCAAGAUGAAGGCGUGAUUGCAACUGCACGGCAAUUGAUAGGCAAUGAACAAGAACAUUUUCGUCAAGUUGGUGAAUGGGAUGAGAACGGGUGGGACAAGCUACAGUGCUCCAUCAGUUCUAACAUUGGUGACCGUGCCAUGCAUGAAGUAUACUUGUGGCCGUUUGCAAAUGUCGUAAAAGCUGGUGUUGGGAGUGUCAUGUGCGCCUACAACAAGGUCAACAAUACGUACGCUUGUGAAAAUAGUUACUUGCUCAAUUUUUUGUUGAAAUCGGAGUUGGCUUUCCAAGGAUUCGUGGUUAGUGAUUGGGGUGCGCAACACAGUGGAGUUGGCUCAGCCUUGGCAGGAUUAGAUAUGACGAUGCCAGGUGAGGUGUUUGAUGAUUGGUUAACUGGGAAAUCCUUUUGGGGCCCACUAUUGACAAGGGCGGUAUACAAUGGAACAAUAAGCCAGGAACGAUUGAAUGAUAUGGCAAUUCGCAUAUUGAUGCCGUUUUUUGCAAUAGAUCAGGUUAAACUACCAACGGAUGAAGACAUUCCAAAUUUCAGCUCUUGGACCCAUCACACAUACGGGCAGUUAUACCCAUAUCAACAUUCUGGUCCCAUAUGCCAAAAAAACUGGCAUACAGACGCUAGGUCGGAUUUCAGUGAUAGCACUGCCUUGACAGUUGCUAGAGAAUCAAUUGUUUUGUUGAAAAACACCCAUCGUCACUUACCCAUUGACAAAAGUGAUGGGGUGAGACGGAUAUUGAUUGCGGGACAAGGUGCUGGUCCAGAUCCACAAGGAUUCAAUUGCAAGGACCAAAGAUGUGUUGGUGGAGUGCUUACUAGUGGCUGGGGAUCUGCUGCGGUUAACAAUCCCCAUGUAAUCACUCCCUAUGAAGCAAUUGCUAAAAAGGCAAGAGAGAGAGGCAUUGUUGUCGAUUACACUUCCAAUAACUGGGAUUUGGAGAAUGCCAAUGAUUUGGCGGAUUAUGCCGAUAUGUCUAUCGUAUUUGUGAAUGCAUUUUCUGGCGAAGGAUAUAUACACGUUGACGACAAUUAUGGGGACCGAAGGAAUCUUUCCUUGUGGCACAAUGGUGACGAGUUGAUCAUCAAGAUUGCCGAGAGAUGCCACAAGACAAUUGUUGUCGUGACGGCAACUGGGCCAACAAACAUGGAGAAAUGGAUUGAAAAUGAAGAUGUUGUAGCUGUAUUGUUUGUGCCACCGUUGGGACAAAAUGUUGGACAGGCCAUAGCUGAUGUUUUGUUUGGUGAUAGUAAUCCCAGCGGGAAGCUUCCCUUCACAAUAGCUAAGAAAAAGCAGCAUUAUGUGUCUGUGAUUGAUGUUUUAGGUGAAAACUGGGAACCACAGGACAACUUUGAUCGAGAUAUAUAUCCUGACUACCGUUUCUUUGAUAAACAUAAUAUCAAACCACGGUAUGAGUUUGGUUUUGGAUUAUCGUAUACGAGCUUCAAGGUUACCAAUUUGAAAAUUACCGAAAUCAGUCCUCCUUCUGAGUUUUUGCCGUACCCACAAGAGUAUUUGCCGGUGCAAAAAAUGGUGGAAGAUGAUGUUUGCGAUGCAGAAGAUGCACUCUUCCCACACGAUGAAUUUGAACCUGCGCCAGGCUACAUUUACCCAUACUUGUACAAUGAAAACAUUAGGUCUGUUGAUGAUGACGAUACCUACGAGUAUCCCAAAGGAUUUGAUCCCGAUCAACACUCGUCGCCCCCACUCAAUGCUGGUGGAUUGGGUGGCAAUCCUGCGCUUUGGGAGAUUCUUUACGAAGUAAGUGUCGAGGUUAAGAAUGUGGGUACAAUGAAAGGAGGAUACGUUUCACAGUUGUAUAUUGAGUUUCCUGGUACCAUUGUGCCGUCACCACCAAAGAUUUUGCGUGGGUUUGAAAAGGUCUUUUUAGAGCCUGGUAAGAAUUGCAAGAUCUUUUUCAACAUAAUGCAUCGUGAUUUGAGUAUAUGGGACGCAGAGUCGCAGCAAUGGAUCAUACAAACAGGCACUUACAAAAUCUACUUGUCUUCAAGUAGUCGGAAGGUGGAAUUGUGCGGAGAAAUAGAUAUCGGAUGCUGA